AUGUUGCAAACCAAAUCUCAAAGUAUUAGAAAACUAAUUUUACAAGGAAUCAAGUUUAAUAAAGAUAAUCUUGCAAAUCUUGUGCCAAACUUGGAGGAAUUAUCGAUAAAACAUUCUUUUGAAAAUCCUUUUGGAAAAGACAAAAACAAUUUACCAAAUCUUCAAAGGCUCGAAUUAAUAGAUAAUGACAUAGAAUUAAAUAGAAUUAUGCUAAAGGUAAAAUGCAGAUCACUAAAAUUUUUUAUAAUAAAUGAGAAGGAGUUAGACAACGAAGUAAAAGAGGAAUUUAUUUUUUUGCUUAGUCAAAAUUAUCCAAACAUAAUUACUUUAUGUUAUGUGACUGAUAAUCUUAUGUUCUUUUCUGCACUUAAAAAACUUCAUAAGCUUUGUCAACUACAAAUAGGAGGAUUUGCUUAUUAUAAUCUUCCCUAUAGUAGUCAAGAUUAUCUACAAGCCUUAAUUAGAUAUUUGCCUAGCUCUUUAAAAAUUCUUAGCUUACUUGAUAUUUAUGAUUAUCAUUACGAAAACUUGAAUUGUUUUUUACAAGAUUUUGAUAUAGAAAGGGUGAAGUUAGAAGUUUUUAUAUUACCUUUUAAUGUUGAGCUUGAUCUACUUCCAAAUUUAAGAAAAUUUAUUGAAAAAGCUAAAUAUUUAAGAUAUAUAGAAAUAGUAAGAUCAGAGAAUUACAACGUAGAAAAACAGAAAAGCAGUGAGAGAGAAAUAAUUAAUCCUUGUCAAGUUAGAAAUAUUAAGUGCGUUUUAAAAUUUCAGUUAGAGAGAUAUAAAGAUUAUUUUUGUGCUUGUGAGAUAGAAUUUGAAUCCUACAUAGGAACUGAAGAAUAA